AAGGAGGAAAGAGGACAAUUGAAGUAUCUAUUCCAGGAGCAGAAGCCCCAGAAAGCUCAAAAUGCAGUACUGUCUCUCCUACUAGUGGGAUAAAUACGAGAAGUUUUGCCCUUAGGAAAUGAAGGAACCAGAUGAUGAGGAUAGUGGUGGGGAGAAAUCAGAUGGAUCAAAGAGUGGCGGACAGCGGUCUCAGAGGGCUUCACAAUCUGCACCCACUACAAAAGAGGAUGACAAAGUCUUAGAAGAUGCCACAGACGAAACAUUUGCUAAAGAGGAAGACUCAUACUUAGAGGAUGAUGACUCAUAUGGGGAACAUUUGGAAGGAAGUUCAAGUUCACUUCACUAUGAUUUCGUGGCAAGUACUGGAGAAUCUCAGUAUGUGGAAACACCUGGCCCAGCUGCAGAAGAGUCAGAGGAGGAAAUUAAGACGAAAAUAUCACCGAGCUUCUUCUAUGAUUAUACGGAGCUGGUUUUGAUACCUUUUGUGACUCCCGAUUCGAACAUACCACUGGAUCUUCUCACACUGGUACAUUCCUUUGGUUAUGACUGCAGAAAGCGGGCCAACCUACAACUUCCGGACAGCAACACUGUGAUGUACAUAGCUGGGAACCAGCUGAUCCUGCUGAAUUUGAAAACCAAGGAACAGAUGUACCUGCGAAGUAGCAGUGGUAGAGGAAUUGGUGUCAUUGGGGUUCACCCGGAUAAAACAUACAUCGUAGUAGCUGAAAAGGGAGUUUCCCCAAAGAUUAUCAUCUAUGAAUAUCCUUCUCUGAGGCCCUAUAGAAUCCUUCGAGAUGGGACUGAACUGGCUUAUGCUUACGUGGACUUCAACAACAGCGGUACAUUGCUGGCCUCUGUUGGUGACAACCCUGAUCACACACUGACCAUCUGGAAUUGGAAAGAAGAACAGCCCAUACUUAGGACAAAAGCUUUCUCCCAGGAAGUUUUUAAGGUCACUUUCAAUCCUGACAAUGAGGAGCAGCUUACUACAUCAGGAUCAGGACACAUCAAAUUCUGGGAAAUGGCUCUAACAUUCACUGGUCUCAAGCUUCAGGGUUCAUUAGGUCGAUUUGGCAAAACAGCCACUACUGUUAUAGAAGGUUACAUGGAGCUCCCAGAUGGGAAGGUGCUCUCAGGGUCAGAAUGGGGCAACAUGCUGCUUUGGGAAUCUGGCUUCAUCAAAGUUGAGCUCUGUCGAUCUAUAAGUAAGUGUUGUCACCAGGGUCCCAUCAACCAGAUAACGCUGGAUGAGGGUGAAGUUAUCACUAUCGGGUCCGAUGGAUACGUUAGGAUAUGGGAUUUUGAGACCAUAGACAUGGCUGAUACUAUAGAUGACACUGGAUUGAUAGAGAUCGAGCCCAUUAACGAACUUCUAGUAGACAAGAAUGUCAAACUCUUCUCCAUGAUAAAAAUGAACGAAACUGGAAAUAACAUUUGGUUGGCGCAGGAUGCCAGUGGAGCCAUAUGGAAGCUUGACCUUAGUUUUUCAAAUAUCACUCAAGAUCCAGAAUGCCUCUUCUCCUUCCACUCUGGAGCCGUUGAAGCACUGGCCGUGUCUCCUCUCACUUAUCUCAUGGCCACUACUUCCUUGGACUGCUCUAUUCGAAUCUAUGAUUUUGGUAGCAGAACUCCUUUGGCUCAUGUGAAAUUCAAGCAAGGAGGUACUGCCCUUGCUUGGGUACCCCAGCUGGUAAGCUACACUGGAGCACAGAUUAUUGUAGGAUUCGAAGAUGGUGUCGUUCGAAUUCUUGAACUUUAUGAUCCCAAAGGGCUCACAAUUUUUGCAGGACGGAAGAAAUUUUUGGAUGCAGAUCUUCAUUUGCAAUAUGUUACCAAACCGCAUACUGCGCAUGUCACUGCUUUAGCUUAUGAUCAUGAUGGAGAAAUUCUAGCCACAGGGAGUAAGGAUAAAACUGUCUUCUUCUUCGAUGUGGAAAAGAAUUAUAAACCAAUCGGUUAUAUUACUACUCCUGGACCUGUUUGCCAGUUAAUAUGGUCUACAGUCACUCAUCUUGAAAGCACUUUAUUGAUUCUCUGUGAGAAUGGCUAUGUUCUUGAAGCUCCAUAUCCAACCAUAAAAGAGGACGUGGAGGAUCACCAUAUAGUUUCCUAUGAAAUCAAAGACAUGCGCACAAAAUGUUUCCAUUUCUCAAGUGUCAAGUCUAAGAUUCUGAGAUUAAUGGAAAUUGAAAAGAGAAAGAAACAGAAGGAGUUGAAGGAGAAGGAAAAGGAAGAAAGAAGGAAGCAGCUAGCAGCAGUGAUGGGAGAAGAUGGAGAAAAGGAAUCCCAAGGGGAAGAAGAAGAGGAGGAGGAAGAAGAGGAGACGCCAUUACCUGCCAUCUUUAUUCCCUCAACACCCUGUCACAUCCUCUGUGGAUUUUACUCUGGGCCAGGGAAGUUCUGGGUUUCUUUGGGCGGCUAUGAUUCUGGUUUUCUAUAUCACUGUGAGUUGCCUCCAUAUGACAAAAACAGUGAUAUCACGGAAAAGAAAGAUGAACCUUUUGAUUUCCGCUUAAUUGAAGAUACAGAAGAUAAUCCUAUUCAAACUAUCACUUUCAGUGUUAACCAAGAUAUGAUGUUUUGUGGAAUGCAAGAUGGAGCAAUUCGAGUCUAUAUCCUAAGUCGGAAUGAUCUUUCAUUGACAAAUAUGGAGAACUACUGGCACUUUAAUAUUCAUGAUAACAAUUAUGGAUGUAUUAAAGGCAUUUCUACUAGCUUCGAUGACCGUUUUUUGGUGACUACUGGAGCAGAUAGUAAUAUCUUUGUUUUCAGCAUUUUUUCUGAAUUUGAGUUCAGGGAAAGCAUCAAAGCCAAAGUGCCAUCUCCCAGGCUUGGAAUUGAAACAGAGCCAAUUCCAGAAGAUAUUUUCGAUCCCAAAGCCUACAGUAUUGAGAAUGCCAGAAGAAAAAGAGAACAUGACAAGUUAAUGAAAGAGGUGGAAGAAAUAAAGGCCAGGAAGAGAGAGCAGCUCAAAGCUUUGAGGAAUCAAUUUCAGAAACUACUAGAGAUGAAUAAGGAAUUACCCAAGCAUAUGCAGCUUAAAAGAACAGAUUUUGACAUAGAUUCCAAAAUUCGUGCUGAGAUGAACAGAAAAACAGUUUAUGAAAUUAACCAAGUGGAAAAGGAAUUAGCCUGGGAAAAAGAGAAACAUCAACUUGGCCUAAGGAAGCUACAGCAUAGAUUUCGCGAUUCAUUGCAAAGUGAUGCUGUUGUGGUCCAUGCCAUUCAAAGUGAACACAAGAUCUCCUCCUACAGGCUCGUGAAGCCCUCUAAGUACUCCCGAUUCAAACGGGCAAGUCAGUCAGAGGCAAGAACCAGCAAAUUGGACAGGUUUGAGAAAGAGGGACCUGGAACAAAGGAUAGCCAGAAAGAUACAGGUGGGAAUAUGAAUGUGCAAGAAGAAUCGAUUAUAGAAAAAGGGAAGCAAUUUCGGCCUAAAACCCUAAGUCAAAUUAUGGUGGAAAAUGAAAUUGAGAAAACAAGGAAACUUGUAUUAAAAGCUGAAAGAGCCCAAUUUAAAAUUCAGCAGCGAAAAAAAGAAUGGGAGGAACUUUACAAGAGUAAACCUGGUGAUGACUAUGAAGAUCCCAAAGAUGUUCAAGCCAUCAAAGAGGCUCAGGUGUACAUGGGAGACUUCAAUCUGAAGACAGCCCCAGACUAUAAGAUACCGGAGCACAUGAGAAUAAAUGCUGCCAAGAAGAAAGAGGAACUGGGACAGCUAGACUCUAUGACCUAUUCAAAGAAAACUCACAUGAACAAGAGCAUCCUCUCUCUUCGAGACCUUAAAGUGGCUGUCAUCGAGGAAAUACAAUGCCUGGUGCAAGAGCUGAAGAACAUUCAGUCAACUCUUCACAUUUCCAAGCAUGUCCCCAUUCCCCAAAUCCCUCAGAUACACCCAGAAGAAGUUCCUGAAAAGAGAUUUCACUAUGAUGAGAAAACUCUCCUAGCUUUUAAGCAACAGCUAAUGAAAAGUAAGGAUGAAAAGUCCCCUCAGGGGGAACAGAUGGCAUCUACAGCCCCAGGUUCAGGAUUCCUCAGACAGGCUCCUGGAAAAGAUGGGGAUUUGACAACACGUGAUUCAUUGUCUAGAUCGUCAAAGGCAUUAACAUUAAGUCUAGAUAUCCAAAGGAUAGUGGAAUUUGAAAAAGCAGAUCCAACUGAAGUGGAGCUGGAGAUUAUGAAGAGGGACGAGAUUAAACACGUGUACAUGCAACAGUAUCUGACCAACAGGAUCAAAGAACUGAUUGUCACUUUUGAUGCAGAACUCCGUCUCCUGAGACAUCAGAAACUGAAACUAGACACUCAGAUGAAAUUAUCUGACCUGCACCAUCUCACAUUAUUUCAAGAAACACUUCUCCUCAAGAAUUUUGAAAAACAGGAGAACAUAUUUCAAGAGCGUGUUAAUUCAUUACACAAAGAGGAGCAGGACCUGCAAUGGAAAACAAAUGAAACUCUUAAAGAGAUGGAAGAGAAAAAGAACGAAAUUACUAGGCUUCAGGACCAAGAAAAGUCACUCUAUGCUGGUUUCCAAGCAGCCCUUGGCGAAAACAAUAAAUUUGAAAACUUCUUGAUGAAGGUCCUAAAGAAGAAGAUUAAGCGGGUGAAGAAAAAGGAGGUGGAAGGAGAUGCUGAUGAAGAUGAGGAGAGUGAUGAAUCAAGUGAAGAAGAAUCCAGCUUGGAGAGUGAUGAGGAUGAGUCUGGAUCUGAAGAUGAGGUUUUUGAUGAUUCUAUCUGCCCAACAAACUGUGAUGUGGGUCUUUAUGAAAUGGCGCUUCAACUUCGAGACAAAAGACUGGACAUUGAGGAGGCGUUAGUUGAAGAAAAGAAAAUUGUUGAUAACCUCAAAAAGGAAAAUGAUAUAUUGUCCAAAAAAGUAAGACAUGUGGCGACUAAUCUGAAUGCAGCAGAGGAGGCCCUGGAGGCUUAUCAACGAGAGAAGCAACAGCGGCUAAAUGAACUGCUGGUUGUGAUUCCACUCAAGCUUCACCAGAUAGAGCAUGUGGUAUUUGGAGAAAUACCUAGUGAUCUUUCUGGAACGCUAGUCUUUUCUAACCACUCCUUGAGACAGCUUCAAGAACGAAUUGUACAGCUCCAGGAGGAGAAUUCCAAGCAACAAAAACUUAACAAAGAAUUCCGGGAGAGGAGAAAACAGCUUAUCCGAGAAAAAAGAGAGAUGUCAAAAUCUAUAAACAAAAUGGAAGAAACAGUCCAUCAACUAAUGAUCAGCAAAUUUGGCCGUGUGAUAGACCUAGAAGCUCUUCAGACACUUUCUGUGAAUACAACACUUGAAGAACUCAGGAUCAAAAAACUUCGAAAGGAGCUAUUGAAUGCAAAGGAAAUUAAGAAGUGGGAGGAAAAGAUUGCUCAAAUGCGAUGGGAACUGAUGAUGAAGACAAAAGAACACACCAAAAAGCUUCAUCAGAUGAAUGAUUUAUGUAUUGAAAAGAACAAACUAGAUUCUCGGUUGAACACCCUACAGAACCAGCAGGGCAAUGCCUUCCAGGGCCUUCGGAAAGCAGAUAUUGUGGCAAGAGAGAAGGUCAUUGAGUUGAUCCACCUCCAGGCAGAGAGGAUCAUGGCCUUAAAGGAAGAGAUUGCUCUUUUGCGUAAGAAAGGUGGCUUUAUCCUCCCACCCAUUCAGUCUGCACAAGAGAACAGAAUUUCAGCUCCCAGAAGCAGGGUUGAGGAACUGCAUAUGGACCUACGUCCACGUCAUGGACGCUGAGAAACAUCAGCCAUGCCUCCGAACCGGCCUGCGCCCACCUAAGUAUGCACUGACUUCCAAGAGACCGGUACAAGGAAGACGGGGGGAUGGGGCUGGCAUGCAUUGGGUCCCUGGGAAGAAAAGUUCUGUGGAAGCACAGAGUUAUGAUGAUGAUGUUUGCGAGAACUUGGCUCUUCAGUGACUGAUGUAAACUUAGUCCUUAAUUAAGAGACAAGACCCAACAGAGCAAGGUAUUUUGGAAUGAUUAGAAAACACCUCUCAGUGUGAUGAGAAGCAGUAAGAAUUUGUGAAUGGCCUUGGAAAUGCAGAGACCAAAGGACUUCUUUCUCUAAAGUGGCAAAAUGUCCUUUUCCCUUAGCCUUUGAGGUCACAGCUUCCCAAGCUGGAGAAGGGCCCAACUGGUACAUUCCCACAGGUCUGCUGGGCCUUGAGGCAGGAAGGAGGGUGGCCAGCCACCUUUGCCUUCUCUGUGUUCCCUGUGUAAAAGCUGUGGAUGGCUCCUUAUCAAGCACCGCCGUCAAUUAUUGUUAUCUCCGUCUUCCAAGUUACUCCUGGGUGCGGGAUGCCUCCC